AAUGAAAAAAUUUAAUCAUUAAUAAUCAUUAUCAACACUCUAAAGUCCAAAACCCUUUGCUCAUUGCAGAAGCUUCAACAGUGUCCUACCUUCUACUCCACUUCUGUCCCUUCUUGUUCUUGUGUCUGCAUCUCUCUCUCAAAUGUUGAGCUGAGCCAUCCAAGCUUGUGUCUUGGUAAGUGGCAACAAAGAUACAUUCAAGGCUUCAAAAUGAGGGGUCCUUUGGGUGCAGUUAUAGGGAGGUACCCUUCAAGUGAUGGAACCACCCAUUUGGGUGGCAUCAUCAGGCACAACAGAAAAUGCAGAGACAUACCCCUUCUUGUCAUCUUUAUAGCCUUCUGGGUUGCCAUGAUCGUCAACUCCAGCUUUGCAUUCAACCGAGGAAACCCAUUGAGGCUGACUUAUGGGCUGGACUACAAAGGAAAUGUGUGUGGGGACAAGCAUGCAGUUAAAGAUCUUAAAGAAUUGGAGCUCAGAUACUGGUUAAAUCCUAAUCAGGUUUAUCAAAGUGGAUUGAAGGAUAGCCAAUUCAAACUGGCCAAUGCCCGCAGUAUAUGCUUGCUGGACUGCCCUGUACCUUCUGAAGAUUCACUUACUUGGGUGUGUGAUUAUCCUGAAGGAGAUAUUCGCGUUUCAAUGAAUGAUUGGAUUGAUAUGAACUAUGAUUAUUUUGAGUUCCUUACGCCAGAAAUGAGAAACUCCUCUCUUCAGCUUCAGGGCCCUUGUUAUCCUGUCAUAUUUCCUAGUGUAAAUGUUUACUGGAGUUGCGAAUUCAUUGCCAGAGCAUCAAAUGUAUCAUUAAAGCAUUGGAAGCAGAUGGGUGGAGUUACCAUCAAUGAAGACAUUGUUCUUGAUAAGGCCAUUCACGAGUAUAUCAAUUCUCACUCAGCUGUCUUAAAGAGAUACAUGGCUGACAUAGGAAAGGCAUGGCCUGUGCUGAUUGUUUGUGGAGGGAUUUUACCUCUGUUUCUGUCUGUGAUUUGGCUGCUGCUGAUUCGGCAUUUAGUUGCUGCCAUGCCUUGGAUUACAGUGGUUUUGUUCAAUGUUCUAAUAGUAUCAGUCACAAUGUUUUUCUAUCUAAAAGUUGGAUGGAUAGGAAAUGAUGCUAUUUCCCCCAUUGUUGGUGAGCAUGAUCCUUACAUUCAUGUAUUUGGGAGGGAGCUGACUCAUCUACGUGUUGUCACUGUCCUUAUGACCUUUAUCAUGCUUGUUGCCAUUCUUACAUCAAUUGCUGUUGUCCGGCGCAUCCUUAUGGCAUCUUCUGUCCUUAAGGUUGCUGCAAAAGUGAUAGGAGAAGUUCAAGCACUUAUUAUUUUUCCAAUCAUACCAUAUGGUAUUCUUGCAGUGUUCUAUAUGUUCUGGAUUUCUGCUGCUCUACAUUUGUUCAGCUCUGGCCAGGUUGUUCAGAAUAAGUGCAACUCUAACUGCUGUGCAUAUGACCUCUUGGAGAAAAAGGUUAUUUGUGAUCAGUGUUGUGGAUAUAGCAUUCAUUACACACCGCAUAUUGGAGCUGCCAUCCUUUUUCACCUAUUUGGCUGUUAUUGGGCUACGCAAUUUUUUAUAGCUUGCUCAUCAACAGUGAUUGCUGGAUCUGUUGCCUCUUAUUAUUGGACCCAUGGUGAAGCAUCUCCUGAAAUUCCUUUUCUUUCAGUCAUUUCCUCCAUGAAGAGGCUUAUGCGUUACCAUCUUGGUUCUGUGGCUCUUGGCUCUCUGACCGUAUCGUUUGUAGAGUCGAUCCGUUUUCUGCUAGAAUCUAUUCGCCGGAGACUAAAAGUUUUUAGUCACGUGCCUGACAACUGGAUUGGCAAGGCUGCUUACCAAUCUUCUCAAUAUUUUCAAAGGUGUAUUGCGUGGACCAUCAAAUCAGUGAACCGAAAUGCUUACAUCAUGAUUGCUAUAACGGGUAAAAGUUUCUUUAGAGCUUCUGCCAUUGCAACAGAAUUGAUCAUGAAUAAUAUCCUACGGAUUGGACGUGUCAAUGUGAUUGGAGAUGUUAUUUUGUUCCUUGGAAAACUAUGUGUCAGCCUCUCAAGCGCUAUUUUUGCUUUCCUCAUGUUGGACGCACACAAGUACAAAUCUGCACACAAGAUCUCAUCUCCGCUAUUGCCUGUUGUGGUUUGCUGGGCUCUUGGAUAUAUUGUUGCAACCCUUUUCUUUGCUGUUGUAGAGAUGUCAAUCGACACCAUCAUUCUCUCAUUCUGCCAAGACUCUGAAGAGCAUGGGACAGCACAAUAUGCUCCACCUCUUCUCAUUGAAACUCUUGGAGACCAAAAUGAGUUGCAGAGACUUACACAAGGACCCCAAUGAGAUAUUUCCUUGUUUAUUUUCUCUGAUGAAUUUUAGUAGAACUUCAGGAUUUAAAAUUUUGUCAAGGUGCUUAAUUUUGCCACCUUAGUUCUGUUUUUCCCCCCUUGUAUAUAUGUUACAAUGUUUCCAACAAGGUUCCCCGUGGUUAAGAAGUUUCACUUUUGACAAAAUGGGUUAUGGUAGGAUAUCAUGUUAUGGGCACAAACAGAACAAAUUCAAUUAUUGUUCUUGUGUAAUUAUAAUUUUUCUCAAAUCCGCAUCUUGUGGUGAAUCAUUAUAUUUCA